UAAAAAUACGUCAUCAAUUAGUUCCCGGAAGGAAGAAAACUGCACACACCAAACCGACCAAGUCAUGACAGACUUUCUUGCAGAAAAUGAACUAUUUACGCUUAGAAAUCGAUUUAAAAGAGAUGCAGAGCUGCUUCUUCAAGGGAUUUCUGAUGAUGGAGAAGAAAAGAGUAAAGAAGAUAAAGAUGUCAAACCACUCCCACGCUUUAACAGUCACUCCAUCUUCUGGAUCCUAGCCUCCAUAGGGUUGACCUACUAUGUGGAUUUCUUUUCCGUCAUCAUGGAAAACACAGAUAUUAAGAGCUGGUGGUUUAAUGUUGGGUUAGUGCUGCUGGGGUUAUGCAUAUCUCUCGCAGCCUUCUGCAUUGUUUACCUGGAGUGGUGUAAAGGCAUCCAACAUUAUGACCAGGAGUACCCUGCUAUUCCUCCUGUAACUACUGCGGCCUUCAUCGCAGCCUCUUGCAGCUUCAACAUAGCACUUUGGCCAGUGUGGUCCUUUUUCACUCCUGUGAUCCUCUUCACUCAGUUCAUGGGAGUUGUGAUGUUCAUCUCACUUUUAGGAUGACGUGACAAGAUACCCAGGAUGUUCGGGCAUUGUCGCCACCACUUACAAGUACACAUCAGAUUUAACUUUUCAGCAAACGCUUAGCUUUUAUAACUGUUCUAUUAAUGUCAUUAUUUCUUUUGCCAUAAUGGUAAAUGGAGCUUUUGGGAAGUGUCAUCCACAAAUGGAAAUGUUUAUAACUAAACCAGUAAAAUGGAAUUGUUUUCUUAAA